UAGCCAGGUCAACAGUUGACAAAAGUUUAGUAAAUAAUUGUUAUUGGUAGCAUAAUUAUUAUUGAUAUAUAUUUCCUUAUAUUUUCUGAAAUCGUAAAUCAUGCUAACAUUAGUUUAUCUGGCAUGGUCAUAUCUAAUGGCUGCAAAAAAGAUAUUGUUUUCCGAUCGCAAGAUAAAAGAACCAAAAAGAAAAGAUAAUGAAAAAAUAUCUGCAAACAACAGCAACAUAGUGGACAAGAGCUCAACGACCACCACCUCCCUACAACAAGCCGCGGAACUGCUGGAUCGCUGUCAGAAGUUACUGAAGACCGCGAACGCGGAGGCAGCCGCUCGCGCGACUACGGAAGCAGCCGCUCGCGCGACUACGGAGGCAGCCGCUCGUGCGACUACGGAGGCAGCCGCUCACGCGACUACGGCGGCACGGGUGCGCCGGAUGCCCACGGCAGAGCUACGCCGGGACCCGGUACUGUGGGUAGCCUACACCCGCGGGUGGGACGACCGCGCGUUGGUCUUCAGCAAGUCGACCAACGUGGGUCCGAAAACCGCGGUAACCGACAGGUCCCAGAGCCCAAGACGGCCCGUACAGCCAACUCGCAUACCGCGACCACCCCCGAUGCCGCAGUCCACACGUUUGCUCCGACCACCCCCCCCAACCACUCAUGGCAGUACUGGUCCCACGACCAAAAUCGUUUAAAACCGCCAUCACCGCCCUUGACGAGGAAAGUGGACCAGAAAAGUGGCCAAAGAACACCGCCAGAACAGACGACAACAGCGCCACGACAAAAUUCGAGGCAACGCUGGAACCAGUCUCGGAUGUGGGAAUACCGGGGACAGAAAAAGGCCGCCAAUCCCACUACC